AUGCGUUAUACUUCUUUACCUCGUACCGCUACCUUUGCUUGGUCUCCUGCUUCUUUUGUUUCAUCUCCCGUCUCAAACUCCCCUUCCUCUUCAUCAUCUCCUACUAUCAGUUCUACCAAUAACAAUCAAGAUGGCAAGAAUGGGGUCGAAUUCAACGUACCUCUCUUGGUCACCGGUACUGCUAGUGGUGCACUCGAUUCGACCUUCAGUUCCGACUCUAAACUCGAAAUCUGGUCUCCUUUCUCAUCACAGUCUGCCAUUUCGCUAGGCGAAGUGGUAGUCAGCUCACGGUUCAAUCGAUUGGCUUGGAGCAAUGCAGCUGGCUUGAAACCAAAGGGUGUCAUUGCUGCUGGAAUGGAGAAUGCGGACUUGGAUAUCUGGGACCCUCUGAAAAUCUUGGAUGGUGAAGGCCCUGAAGCAUCCUUGGUGAACAAGAUGACCAAUCAUACUGGUCCCGUCAAAGGUCUCGAUUUCAAUCCGAUCAAAAAUAACAUCUUGGCCUCAGGUGCUACUAAAGGAGAGGUUUUCAUAUGGGAUCUCAAUAACCCGGUGAAACCAUUUGCUCCUCCCCCUUCCCGCUCCUUGGACGAUGUGACUUCGGUGAGCUGGAAUCACGUAGUACAAUCUGUACUUGCAGCAUCAUCCAACAACGGUUAUACCGUAGUUUGGGAUAUUCGAGAGGCCAAUGGACAGAAAGGACGAGAAGUCGCUACUCUUAGCUAUAGUGGUUCAGUAAACCAAAUGCCCGCCUUCGCUCAAAAUCAACCCGGGAUGAUGGGCGGACCUCAAUACGGAGCUCAAUGGAUGGGCCCCCAGGGUGGAAGACCGGGUAGCGUCAGCUCCGUUGUUUGGCAUCCUGAAAACCCCACAAAAUUAGCCACCGCCUCUGAGGAUGAUGGCACGCCAAUUGUGCUUGUUUGGGACCUCAGGAAUGCACGUGCACCCGAACGUGUACUGGCAGGUCACGAAAAGGGGAUUUUGAGCCUUGCUUGGUGCAAGCAAGACUCCGACUUGCUAGUGAGUUGUGGAAAGGAUUGCAGGACGAUAUGUUGGAAUCCAACGAGCGGAGAUCUUGUGGCAGAGUUAUCCGCUUUGAAGCUUGCACCCAGCAGCAACUGGUCCUUCCAGACAGAGUGGUGCCCCAAAAACCCUGAUCUAGUAGCAACCGCUUCCUUUGACGGCCGCAUAGCGAUCCACUCUCUCCAAUCGACCGGCGACGAAUCCGAUAUCUCACAGCCGCAGCUUAAUGUACCCCCGGCAGAUGGUAGUGAUAUCUUUGGAGACCAGGGUAUCUUGGCCUUAAACAGCGCAAAAGCUGCUGUGAGCUUGAAGCGAGCGCCCAAAUGGCACAAACGGCCUGUCUCUGCGACGUUUGCAUUCGGAGGUAAACUUGUCACGCUGUCCAACGAAGUGGUGGCACCAGCCCCAGUACAAGGUGCCAUGGUCGACCCGGCGCAACCGUCCACAGUCGUGUCAUCGGUCAAGAUCAAACAGGUUGUCACCGAGCCCAUUCUUGUCGAACGCGCUCUCAAGUUGGAGAACGCUAGUCAAGAACGAAACUUACAAAACCUGUGUCAAGAACGAACCAAUCAGCUCCCAUCUACUGCGUCUGCGACAGAAGUACAAAGCUGGAAAUUACUCUCGACCUUGUUCAAGACCAAUUCGAAGGAAGAACUUGUCAGCCUUCUUGGCUUCUCAAAAAAGCAAAUCAAGGAUUUAGUCGAGCGUCAGAUCGAAGUCUACAAGUCGUCAAAACGUCCCGAUGCGAUUUCCCGCUCGGCUAGUGAGAUAGGCCAUCCUGCACCUAUCACGGAUAAUUUCGGUUCCGACGCUGGCUCGAUCCCCCGCGAGCCUCUGGUGACGUUCGCAGACACACCUACAGAAGGAUUAUCUGCGCCUUAUGAAGGUGAUGAGACCACCACCAGUGGAGCAGAUGCUGCUCCUUCUGAAGCUAGCGUAAGCGCCAUCUCAGAUUUAACGAAGGUUGCCGAAGCAGAAUCCGAAAUUACCGAGCCUAGCCUAUUUGGUGAUGAUAACGCAAAUGCAGCGGGUCAAACUGCUGCCUCGGUCGACUUCUACAGCUCAAUGCGAUCUGGACGACCUGCCGCACUGCCUGACCAUAUUCUCACAAGAGUUGGUGGUGCAUCCUCCGUGGGUGCUACGAUUGGGUCGCGUGCUUCCUCAGUCAUCUCCGAGAACAUCCGCGCCAACACUUUCCAAAUCUACCCCAACGAGGAAUCAAAAGGUGAACGUCUUAUCACCCGAGCGCUAGUUGUGGGCGACUUUGAAAGUGCUGUGUCAUUAUGUUUGUCGACGGAACGAUAUGCCGAUGCGAUUUUACUGGCUGUUCGAGGUGGUCCCGAAUUGCUCCAAAAAGCUCAAAAGGCGUAUUUUGAAAAACAGACACCCAAUUUACCAUACUUACGACUAUACCAGUCAAUUGUGAUGGACGAUUUGAUCGAUGUGGUUCAGAAUGCUGACCUGGCUGAGUGGCAAGAAAUCUUUGUGGUCUUGUGCACGUUUGCGAAGAAGGAAGAGUUUUCUAGCUUAGUUGAACAAUUAGGACAAAGGCUCGCUUAUCAAUUUGCAUCUUCAUCCGACAACAAUUCUAGUUCUGUUUCAAACACCGUCGAGGAAUAUCGCAAAAACGCUAUUCUGUGUUACUUGGCUGCAGGAAAAUUAGAAAAGAUUGUUGAGAUAUGGAUCGAACAGAUGGAAGAGGAAGAAGAAGCUCAAGUAAAGAAUCUAGGCGCAGAUGAUCAAAAGUCUAAAUCAAGUAUUCAUGUGGAAGUUCUUCAAACCUUCAUUGAAAAGGUCACUGUAUUCCAGAGCGCCAUCAAUUACAUCGAUAUCGACUUGGCUCAACCAACCGAAUCUGCUGAGGUGGCAAACUCUGGAGCUCGAACUUACAAAUUGGCAGCAUUGUACGAUCGCUACUGCGAAUACGCUGAGUUGUUAGCCUCACAGGGCUUGGUAAACACAGCAUUGAGAUUUGUUGCACAAACUCCAUUAGAUUACAAAGGAACCAACAACUCUGCUCCAUCUCAGGCCCGCGAGCGCCUCGCCAAAUCGAUUGGUUUGACUUCAAUUAUUGCAAACCCAAUCUUACAGCCCGAACAGAAGACCCCAACCAACACUGCAGCUACUGUACCACUAGACAAACCAUUUAGUGAGGUACCUACCAACGCUCAAUCAGCCUACGGUUCCUACGACCGUCCCAUCGCUCAGAACAAUUAUCCCAAUGCGGCUUACAAUCAGCAACCUGCUUUCAACACAGGAACGAAUAUGGGUGGCGGAUACGCGAAUCCGAAUGUAUACGCCCCUUACGGUCAACCAAACACGACUAAUACCUAUGCGCCGACAGCACCGACGCAAGGUAGUUCGUUUUUUCCGGCACCCCCAGCUCCAAUGGGCACAUCUCCCAUUCCUAGUCGAGCGUCGAGCACCGCACCUCCUCCGCCUGCUUCUCGUCAACGAAUUGGUGAAGCAGGAGGAUGGAACGAUGCCCCAGUUGUUAACCAAGCGAGAAAGGCUGCAAUUCCGCCCCCCGCUGCGAAACAAGUGAUCUCCUCUCCGUUCCCGAAUGCCUCUCGGACCAUGUCUCCCGGUCCCAACCAAUACAAUAACCAGAUGCAAGGCUACAAUCAACCACCGCAAGGAUCGCCCGGUGUCUCUAACCUACCUCCACGUGCAGGGACUCGCACACCAGGGCAUGCUACAAACGUUCCACCACCUCCCAGAGCCGGUUAUCCUGCUGGUGUCCCACAAACACCACAACAAUAUGGUCAGCCAGGCCCGUACGGUCAACGUCCAGGAUCCGUUGGUCCCUAUGGUCAACAAACCGGCCCCCCAGCUCCUCAAGGAUAUCCUCAAUCUAUGGGACCUCAAGGGCCUGGUAAUCCACCUGCCUCUGUUAAUCAAACUCCUGGUUCGUAUGUACCUCCAAGAGUUCAAGUUCCAGCCGGAAUCCAGCCUGGUCCGCAGUCAUACUCGCCAACAGCUGCUCAAGGUGGUUACAUGCCGAAUACAGCUCAACAACAAGGACCGUAUGCUCCACCUACCGGGUAUCCUCAACAACAAGGCCGAGGCUCGAUGUCAGGCCCUCCUGGUCAACCACCAAUGGCCUAUGGCGCACCUGGACCGAACAAUGGGAUCAUGAAUGCUCCCAGACCUGGUGGAUUUGUACCGCCUCCUGGUCAACAACAAAGGGCUAAUCCACCACCUGCAAGUGCUGCUCCACCAAAGCCUGAGCCACCGAAAUCUAAAUACCCUGCGGGUGACCGAACCCACAUACCUGAACAUAGCAAGCCAAUCUAUGUAGCUUUAAAUAGACUGAUUGGACAGAUGAGACAAAGCUUACCGCCUAACCAAAAGAAAAUGGUAGAUGAUACAGAACGCAGGUUAAAUGUAUUAUUUGAUGGACUUAAUUGUGAAACUGUACCACAAGCGGUUGUGGAUGAGUUAUUAGAUAUCGUUAAAGCUAUCGAAUCUCGAAAUCUUCAACACGCUUUACAAUUACAUAUUUCACUUUUGACUUCAGGAGUAAAAUCAGAAGAACUUACGACUUAUAUGCCUGCUAUUAAGAUGUUGAUUACUAGGUUAAAUUGA